AUGGCCACGACUGGAACCAGCGCACCUCUCGGCGAUAAGCCCGCCGACCCCUACACUCAUGCCAACAAGGACCAGCCUGACCUCAACACGUUGGUUACGGAUCUUGUCGACUUCAUCACUACAUGCAAAUUUGGCAUGUUGACGACCGUUGAGGCGUCGAGCCACAACAAUCUGGUCUCGCGCUGUAUGGGCUUGGCUGGAACGGAAUCCGGUGGCAUCGAUCUUCUCUUCCACACAAACACCGAGUCCGGCAAGACCAACGACCUAUCCAACGAUCCCCAUGUGAAUGUGUCUUUUAUCAACAGCUCCGGCGAGUGGGCUUCCGUCGCAGGCCAGGCGAGUGUUGUGACUGAUCGCGAUCUGGUCAAGAAGACGUAUAGCAGCGGACUCAAGGCGUGGCUGGGCGAUCUUGGUGACGGAGUUCACGAUGGCUCAGAGAAUGAUCCGCGUAUCGGAAUUAUUCGUGUCAAGACCACCACUGUGACUUAUUCUUUGGUGUCGGGGAACUUCAUCAGCCGUGCUGCUGAGGUUGCGCAAGGAGUGCUCACUGGAAAGCCAGCUCAUGUCAGCAAGCUUCGAGAGAUUACCGCUGAGGACGUGAGCAACUGGCGUGCUUCGAACGCCUAA